CCCAAAAGAAAGAAAAAAACAACCAAUAAAAUGAAAAAGGAAUUGCGUGUUUCUUAGAAGUCCGCCAUGUUGAUUACGUUUGAUUUCUAACAGACCAAAGCAUGCGAGUCAUUGCCUUUGUGCUUCAAGAACAGAGGGCCCUUGGAGCCAUAUGUCGAACACUUAGCGUAUCUGGUUUUUGCCUCAAGAAUCUUCGUUCCUUUGGCAAUUUUUCCACCCCAAUAUCAUCAUGUGUUGCCAUAGUUCCUGCAGAAACUUCGGCAGAAUCCGGAAAAGAAUCAGAAGACGGAGAACCAAAGAGUUUAAGUUGGAGGAUUGAGAAAUUGCCCAGAGGGGAGUCAGUCGCUUCCGCCUUCCAGAGCUGGAUGGGCGAUGGCUUACCCAUCCACAGAGGGGAUAUUUUCCAUACUAUCAACCGUUUGCGAAAGCUCAAGUCCACUAAACGGGCCCUGGAGGUGAUGGAAUGGGUGAUAAGGGAGAGGCCUUAUAGGCCAAAAGAACUAGAUUACUCCUACUUGCUAGAAUUUACUAUGAAGCUUCAUGGGGCGGCGCAAGGUGAGACCCUCUUCUCUCGAAUUCCAUCAGAGUUCCAAAACGAGCUGCUCUACAAUAAUCUUGUGCUUGGAUGCUUGGAAAAAGGGUUGAUAAGGCUUUCACUGGCAUACAUGAAGAAAAUGAGGGAGUUGGGCCAUCCCAUAUCUUACUUGGCUUUCAACCGCCUUAUUAUACUUCACUCCUCCCCGAGUCGCAGGAAAGCAAUUCCAAAAAUCUUAACCCAGAUGAAAGCUGAUAAAGUGGUUCCACAUGUGUCAACAUAUAAUAUCUUGAUGAAGAUAGAAGCUAAUGAACACAACAUUGAAGGUCUGGUAAAAGUAUUUGGUGAUAUGAAUCGACUGAUGGUUGAACCAAAUGAGAUAUCUUACUGCAUUUUGGCUAUGGCACAUGCUGUGGCUAGACUGUACACUGUGUGUGAGGCAUAUGUUGAGGCUAUCGAAAAGUUUAUGACAGGACGUAAUUGGUCAACGUUAGACAUUCUUGUGAUAUUGUAUGGAUAUUUGAGGAAGCAGAAAGAGUUGGGUAGAACAUGGAGCAUGAUUCAAGAGCUACCUUAUGUUAGGGGUAAGAGUUUCGUGCUGGCUAUUGAAGCCUUUGGUAAGACUGGAAAUCUUGGCCGAGCAGAGGAACUAUGGCUUGAGAUGGCAUCAAAGAAGGGACUAAAAUCAACAGAGCAGUUUAAUUCAAUGAUAGGUGUGUAUUGCAAGAAUGGUCUAAUUACUAAAGCAACUGGGCUAUAUAAAGACAUGGAGAAAAGUGGAUGUAAACCAAAUGCAAUUACGUUUCGGCAUCUUGCACUUGGAUGUUUGAAAGCAGGAUUAGUUAGUGAAGCUAUCCGAACACUUGAAAUAGGGAUGGAAUUUUCAGCAAGCACACAGGUUAGAAAAUCGACUCCAUGGUUAGAAACUACAUUCUCAAUAAUGGAGAUUUUUGCAGGAAAUGGCAAUGUAGAAAAUGUUGAAAAGUUGUUUGAAGAAUUAAAGAAAGCAAAUUAUACUAGGUAUACAUUUGUCUACAAUACAUUGAUUAAGAGUUACGUGAAGGCCAAGGUUUAUGAGCCUAAUCUUCUAAGGAGGAUGAUUUUGGGAGGGUGUAGGCCCGAUUCUGAGACCUAUAGCCUAAUGAAGCUCAUAGAACAGUUCCGCAGUUGAAUUAGUGAUAUCUUUUACUUCUUAAUUUACACACAGUGUUGGACACGUUCUUAUUGAUGUGAAAGUGGAAGAGACAAGAUGAGUUAAACAACAAACGGAUCAGUUUAAUGUGGAAAACAUGGUAGGUUUCCAGCUCAAUGUCCUCUUCUGGUUGCUUGAAGGAACAUAUUGGUUGCACCAUACUUCUGAAUUUCAAAUGAGGUUUUAGCAUUGAGAAAUAAACAGAAGUAGAAGUCGGUUGCCAUAUGAUCUCCAAGGUUUUGCCGUGCAGGAAUGAUCGUAUAUUUGGUUGUUCUAGAUCAUAUACUGAAGGUGUAAGUCUGCCCUAAAACCAUUCCUCCGUGUCACCGCGCAAAACUCCUGGGGUGCAUGACAGAAGCUGACAUCUUUUGCUAGGCAACAAAUAAAGUGUAACUUGAUAAUUUCUUUUUAAUACGUGCCCCGGAAUAUAUGACUGUAUUAAUAUCACAAUAUUCUUUGUAGAAAUCUAACAUAUCUUUUAACACUCAUCUUAUUGUAUGAGCUCUAACAAAAGAGGCCUAGAGCAA